AUGAGCAUUUGCUGCCGAUACGUUUUAGAAUCAGGGAUAAGAGAACGAUUUCUUGGUUUUGUACAAUUGACUAAGCUGGACGCAUUAGCUCUGGCAAACAAAAUACAACAUUUUUUAAACCACAUCGGGCUUAAUAUUCAGCUCUGUGUCAGCCAGUCUUACGACGGAGCAUCCGUUAUGUCUGGAAAAUUUUCCGGUGUACAGGCAUUAGUGAGGGAAAUCACGGGAAACCCCUGCCCAUAUGUGCACUGUCAUGCCCACAGGCUCAACUUAGUUCUUGUCGAUGUAAGUAAACGUGUACAGUCCGUUGGUGAUACUAUCGGCCUGUUAGAAGCAAUAUAUGCUUUCCAGUCUGCCUCAACUUUACGCAAUGAGUUGUUCUCAUUUGAAGUAAAAACUAAAAGUGGGACCAAGAAGUUAAAAGUUUCCCAGCAUAGCGACACAAGAUGGGUCUCAAAGUACAAAGGAGUUAACUUUUUCAAAACCCAGUUUAGCUCAAUUGUAGUGGCACUGCAAGAAUGUGCUCAAAAUAAAGCUAAGCCAAGAGAAGCUGCAGAAGCUAAAGGCCUCCUCACCCAAUUUCGUUCUUUUGAUGUAAUUUAUUUUCUUGUUUGCUUAGACGAAAUUUUAUGCUACCUAAACAUACUUUCCAAGCAACUACAGUCAUCAAACAUUAACACUGGGAAAAGCUUAAGACUUAUUAAAGCAACAAUAGAAAGUCUAUGUAAGAUGCGAGCAGAUGACAAGUUUGAAGAGUUAUACAAAAAAGCUCAAGACAUUUUUCAAGUUCAAGGAAGUGUGAGUGACUUUAGUGUGGAAAACAGACCUAUAAGAAAGCAGACGCCAUCCAGCAGUCUAUCUGACUUUUUAGUUUUUGAAACUACCGGAAAAGGGAAAUCAACGUGCAAUGAUGAAAGUGUUUCUAAAAAAACUCAAUUUAAAGCAGAACUCUUUAGCAUAGUUGAUAAUAUUUCAGAAGAAAUGGAAAAGAGAUUCUCAGAAAAUUCAAGUCUUCUAGCUUGCAUAUCAUCAUGUAACCCAACUCACAAAAUUUUCUGGAUCCAAAAGAAUUGUGUUCCUUUGCUAAAUUUUGGGGAAAAGAUGAAGAGUUUUGUAUUCAACUAA